AUGCGCACUCUUAUCGAUCUCGAAGUUGACCCUGAGCCCGCGAGCAAGCGCACCCGGCUGUCGCUAGACCAAUUGCCAACUCCUCCCCACUCGACUCAAGACAGGUAUCCUGAACAGCUCAGCUCUCUCUGCGACUCUUCAGACUGGCGAGAACGGCUCAAGUCAUCGCUUCUCAGGCCUCUUGACAACCAUUAUCCGCAUACUACCAAGCAGCUUACGGCCAACCCGCGAUUGAGCGCCUGGCUCGACGCAGUUUCUCAUCCUCGCGCCGAUUCCUGUCCAGCCAGUCCUCAUAUAUUUUCGCUACCGAGCUCCCCGUCUGGAUCUCAUUACGAUCAGCUCAAACGUCCACAAAGUUGUGAAGCUCGUUUUGACCUUGUCAGGCAUAAACGGCCAGCGAGCGGCUUAGACCCGAAAUCUAAACGCGCUCGCUUGACUUUGACGGCACUCCAAAAAAUGUCGCAGCAAGAAUCACAAUAUGCUGAAAGCCUUGUACCUCGGUCCAACUCCUCGAGAAACAAGGCACCCGGUACUUCAGACGCUGCGUACGUAGAUACGCUCUACAGCCACGGCAUCGUUAUGGACCUUUCAGGAAGGAAGAUACCUAAAGAGCUUACGCCUUUGAAAGAGAGAAUACUACAAAAGCGAUCCUCACCACAACUAGAUGACUCAGCUGUCUUCUCGGUCAUGGACGCAGCGGAGGAGCUUGCGUAUAAUUCAGAAGGUCCAACAAACAAGAUCCUUAGGACACCCAUGUUUCCGCUCGGGUAUGGUGGCUUGGUAGAGGGUGGAAACACUCAAUGGAAUACUGUCGCUAUGCCUAACAACCCCCAAUGUGACAACAAGCUCUCGGCGCCCAGACCCGAUGCCUAUCUGGCCUAUCCGCGCGGUUCAAAAUCUCCUUGGACGGUCAAACAAAACAACGUCAUCAAUCAUCCUAGGGUACGGCCGUACUCCCAACCGGCAAAACGCAAUACGUUUCCAUCUCUCUCAUUGGAGCUGAAGGCUGAAUCCGCUGGUGGAGUGCUAACCACAGCGGAGGCGCAGGCUGCGGGCAGCGGAUCUCAUUCCGUCAAUUCAAUACUCUGGCUUCUUGAGGAGGCUAAGGCGGCUGGCCUCACUGAAGUAGACCUGAUGCAGGACACUGUGUCUUUCUCGGUUGUGUCGUCUCACAGACAGGCCGUAGCCUACCUCCAUUGGCUCGAUCCCAAGGAGAGACAUUUUUAUAUGUCUUACCUCCGAUCAUACUCAACUUUCGAGGCAGACGGCAUUCGAGGGUGCAACAACACCAUCAAAAACAUGAUUGAUAACGCCAAGGGGCUUCGAAAUAUCAAGAUUGGGGAAGCUCUUGUCACUCUAGAACCCAUCAAAGAUUCUUGGAAUCCUCUACCUACCGUCACCAACCAACCAACGCCCAAUAGCUCCUUUGUUGAAGACCCGAGAUCCCGGUAUAAGUCGCUCCUUAAGGCUGGUAUCCUUCACUGCGACAUAUCGAUCGGCAACAUCAUGCUCACAGAGAAUGAAGAGGACGGUUUCCUCAUCGAUCUUGACCUUGUUAUCUGA